AUGGAUUGCCUCGUGCCUCAGCAGCAUCUGGAGGCCAUUGGCCUUGCUCCUCGAUCGGAGCGGGUGUACAGCCUGGCCGACGGCAGCGAGAUUCGGUUGGGAGUCGCGGUGGGCGAGAUCGAAUUGAUGGGGGACAUUGCCGGGGUAACCAUCGUCUGUGGCCCGCCGGACUCCGAACCGCUCCUGGGGGUAACGGCCCUUGAAUCAAUAGGAAUCGAGGUGGACCCGCGCAACCAGUACCUGCGUAAGCUGCCAUCAACGCGGUUGCGGACGCUGGGCGAAACGGCAUACGACCCGCGGCAGUGA